AUGGCGCCGGGAAUACUAGGGACAGACUCCACGGUCGCCACCGAGAAAGCGACCAGUCUGUCUACACUGACCGAAGACUGGGAUGAUACGAUUCGAUUUUAUCUCAACGGCACCAAAGUUGCGGUGGAUACGAUCGACCCGGAAGUAACACUGCUUGAAUACUUGCGAGGUAUCGGGUUGACAGGGACGAAGCUUGGAUGUGCGGAGGGAGGCUGUGGUGCUUGCACGGUGGUAGUUUCCCAUAUCAAUCCUACAACCAAGAAAAUCUACCAUGCCUCUGUAAAUGCGUGUAUUGCGCCGCUGGUCAGCAUCGACGGGAAACACGUUAUCACAGUCGAAGGCAUUGGGAACGUGAAGGAACCCCAUGCGAUUCAGCAGCGGAUCGCGGUCGGCAAUGGGAGUCAAUGUGGUUUUUGUACCCCUGGAAUUGUCAUGUCUCUCUAUGCCUUGCUGCGAAACAACCCAUCUCCCUCAGAGCACGAUGUUGAGGAAGCCUUCGACGGAAACCUUUGCCGCUGCACCGGUUACCGACCCAUUCUCGAUGCUGCCCAGAGCUUUAACUCGGCCAACAAUUGUGGGAAGGCCUCUGCCAACGGUGGAUCGGGUUGCUGCAUGGAGAAAAAUCGCUCUGGUGGUUGCUGCAAAGGCCCUUCCACCAAAGAUGGGGAAAUUGAGACAGUCGAUUACAAGUUUCCCGCGCCGAACUUCAAGCCCUAUAGUCCAGACACAGAAUUGAUUUUCCCUGCGGCUCUGCGGAAACACGAAUACCGACCAUUAGCAUAUGGCAACAAGAAGAAGAAGUGGUACCGACCAGUGACCGUUGAGCAACUGUUGCAUAUUAAGAACAUCCACCCAGACGCUAAACUAAUCGGCGGAAGCACGGAGACACAAAUUGAGAUUAAGUUCAAGGCAAUGCGAUACCCAGCCUCUGUGUACCUGGGAGAUAUUCCCGAACUGCGACAAUUUACAUUACACGAUGACUGCUUGGAGAUCGGCGCAAAUGUGUCCUUGACAGACCUCGAGCAAAUCUGUGAUCAAGCAGUAGAGAAAUAUGGUGAUGCUCGCGGCCAACCAUUCAAGGCAAUCAAGAAGCAAUUGCUUUAUUUUGCUGGGCGACAGAUCCGAAACGUUGCUUCACCGGCGGGCAACUUGGCCACUGCAUCGCCCAUCUCCGAUCUCAACCCCGUUUUGGUAGCCAUCAACACCAUCCUUGUGGCCAAAUCCCUGGAGGGCGAAACAGAGAUCCCUAUGACUGAAUUCUUCCAAGGCUACAGGAAGACCGCUCUUGCCCCCAAUGCAAUCAUCGCUAGUUUGCGCAUUCCAGUUGCCCAAGGGCGGGGAGAGCACAUCCGAGCCUACAAACAAGCCAAGCGGAAAGACGAUGAUAUCGCCAUCGUCAACUCUGCUUUGCGCGUGACUCUAUCCGAGUCCAAUGAUGUGGUCAGCGCGAACCUUGUGUUUGGCGGCAUGGCAGCGAUGACUGUAUCAGCCAAGAACGCCGAGGCAUUUUUGGUGGGCAAGAAGUUCACGAAUCCUGCAACUCUAGAGGGUGUCAUGAGUGCUUUGGAGCAAGAUUUCAACCUGCCGUUUGGGGUUCCCGGUGGCAUGGCUACUUACCGGAAGUCGUUGGCGCUGGGCUUCUUCUACCGAUUCUACUACGAUGUACUUUCGGGAAUCGAGGUCAAGGCUUCGGAUUUGGAUCCUGAUGUCGUUGCCGAAAUCGAGCGAGCAAUCUCGACGGGAGCGAAGGAUCAAGAAUCUUCUGUAGCCUAUCAGCAAAAGAUUCUUGGACGAGCGACUCCACACGUUGCGGCGUUGAAGCAAUCUACAGGCGAGGCUCAGUACACGGAUGAUAUACCUGUGCAACAGAAUGAGUUAUUCGCCUGUCUGGUUCUCUCCACCAAGCCUCAUGCCAAGAUCCUCAGCGUUGAUCCCUCCGCUGCAUUGGAUAUCCCGGGAGUUGCGGAUUACGUAGAUCAUACAGAUCUCCCGAACCCCCAGGCCAACUGGUGGGGAGCGCCCAAGGCGGAUGAGCAGUUCUUUGCUGUCGAUAAAGUUACUACGGCUGGCCAGCCGAUUGGUGUGAUUCUGGCAACUAGCGCGAAACUGGCCGAGGAAGGCAUGAGGGCUGUCAAAGUCGAGUAUGAAGACCUUCCCAGUAUCCUUACAAUUGAGGAGGCUAUUGAGGCAGAGUCUUACUUUGAGCACUUCCGGCACAUCAAGUGUGGCGAUACCGAGGAAGCUUUCAAAAAAGCCGACCACAUUUUUACUGGAGUUUCCCGAAUGGGUGGACAGGAACACUUCUACCUGGAAACCCAAGCUUGUGUGGCAAUCCCAAAGCCGGAGGAUGGCGAAAUGGAGAUUUGGAGUGGUACCCAAAAUCCUACUGAGACGCAAACUUUUAUCGCUCAGGUGACUGGAGUAUCUGCGAAUAAGAUCGUCUCACGCGUGAAGCGUCUUGGUGGUGGUUUUGGCGGCAAAGAAAGUCGAUCUGUACAGCUCGCUGGUAUUUGUGCGGUUGCCGCCACGAAAACAAGAAGACCCGUGCGAUGUAUGCUCAACCGCGAUGAAGAUAUAUUGACCUCUGGCCAACGUCAUCCGUUCCUCUGCAAGUGGAAGGUUGGUGUGACCAAAGAAGGAAAGAUUCUUGCGCUUGACGCGGAUGUAUUUGCCAACGGAGGUCACACACAAGAUUUAUCUGGUGCUGUUUUGGAGCGAAGCAUGUCGCACAUUGAUAACGUGUACAAGAUCCCCAACGUUCAUGUGCGCGGCAAAGUCUGCAAGACCAAUACCGUAUCAAAUACCGCCUUCCGUGGCUUUGGAGGUCCCCAAGGCUUGUUCUUUGCCGAGUGUUAUGUGUCGGAAAUUGCAGAUCACUUGGACAUCCCAGCCGAGGAAAUCCGAGCCAUCAACAUGUAUCAGGCAGGCGAGACGACGCAUUUUAACCAGUCACUCAAAGACUGGUAUGUGCCAUUGAUGUAUAAGCAAGUCUUGGAGGAAAGCUCCUACAAGGAGCGUCGCAAGGCUGUCGAGGAAUACAAUGCGCAACACAAGUGGUCCAAACGUGGAAUGGCAAUUGUGCCUACCAAGUUUGGUAUCUCUUUCACAGCCGUCUUCUUGAACCAGGCAGGAGCUUUAGUCCACAUCUAUCACGACGGUAGUGUGCUUGUGGCACACGGUGGUGUCGAGAUGGGACAGGGUCUACACACAAAGAUGGUCAUGAUCGCCGCGGAAGCGCUGCAAGUGCCUCAGUCGAGCGUGUUUAUUUCAGAGACAGCGACUAACACAGUCGCUAAUACUUCCCCAACCGCUGCUUCAGCCAGUUCCGAUCUCAACGGCUAUGCCGUCUUCAAUGCUUGCGAACAACUGAACGAACGCCUUCGUCCGUUCCGCGAGAAAAUGCCCAACGCAACCAUGAAGGAGCUUGCUCAUGCAGCUUACUUCGACCGUGUCAACCUCUCCGCACAAGGAUACUACCGCACUCCCGAGAUCGGUUACGUAUGGGGCGAAAAUAGCGGCCAAAUGUUCUUCUACUUCACACAGGGUGUCGCUGCUGCUGAAGUCCAGAUCGACACACUGACGGGUGACUGGACACCUCUACGCGCCGACAUCAAGAUGGACGUGGGUCGUUCUAUCAAUCCCGCAGUGGAUUAUGGCCAAAUCGAAGGCGCCUUCGUGCAAGGCCAAGGCCUAUUUACCACAGAAGAGAGUCUUUGGCACCGCGCCUCCGGCCAAAUAUUCACCAGAGGUCCCGGGAAUUACAAGAUUCCUGGAUUCCGUGACAUUCCGCAGAUAUUCAAUGUGAGUUUGCUCAAGGAUGUGAAUUGGGAGAAUUUGCGCACCAUUCAACGCUCUCGUGGAGUCGGUGAGCCGCCCUUGUUCAUGGGCAGUGUGGUCUUCUUUGCUAUUCGUGACGCUUUGAAGGCUGCACGUAAGCAGUGGAAUGUGACUGAUGUGCUCUCCUUGGAGUCUCCUGCUACUCCUGAGCGUAUCCGGGUUAGUUGCGCUGAUCCGAUUAUCGAGAGGGCGAGAGUGCAACCCAAGGAGGGGGAGAAGAGCUUUUUUGUUGCCAUAUAA